AUGAUUGCUAUUACGGAUACAAUUAUUGAUAUUUCAAGAAUCUAUCCUCAAAUAUUUCAAGACAUUUUUGUUGUAUUUGAACAAAUCGAAGCAACAACAUUAACUUUAUUAGAUAAUUUUAUUGAAGAUGCUGAUAAUUAUGCUCAACAAUUCGAACUGCAUGGUGACGAUGAUGAUGAUAUUGGUGCAUUUACAGACAAAAUUACUGCUGUAUAUAGAGCUUUUACUACUGUUCUUCGUGAACUUUCCGAUCAUUUUUCUUCAACACCUAAUUUACUACCCAUCGAUCAUGUUGAUAAUUGGUUACAAA